UAGAAGCAGGACAAUCUCUGAAGGAAAUAGACACUUGGCUCUCUUCAGUCACAUUUUGACCAGCAUUGUUCACUCAGAUUCUGGAUGUCCUGGGACAACACUCUACUCAACUCAUACUUUAUCUCCUCCUUCAGUGCUGCUGAAGGCUAGUUGAGAACAUCAACAUCUACUUAGAGAAGGGCACGAUGCUCACUGCUCUAGUGGAGGCAUCUCUUCAGACUCUGCUCAAAAGCUCUCACUUGAUGCUGAUCGUCACUGGAGAGACUAACUAAUACCUACGUUUCCAUUUUUGGUUGUGACAAUGGAGAAGCUGUGAUGAGACAUUCUGAAGUAGCUCACUGCCUCGCACUUCCCACUGACAACCAGGGCUGUGACCUGGGUGCUGCUCUUCCAGACCCUGGCCUGGUCAUGGCACAUACAGCGCAGGCCUCUGGUAAGGGAGCUGCGAUCUCAGAUGAAGAUGAAUUAGAAAUCAUCGAAGAGUUAAUUAAGGAGGAUGGAUUCCAGCCACAAGCCCUGCCCUUUCUCUCCAAGUCAUCUCCCAAGAGCACAGCCAAGCUGGUGCCCAGGGGCUCAAACCCAGCCAUGCCCACUGGGAUGCUGAGGCUAAUGGAGCCGACGGGACCUAGCCCACUGCAAGGUGGCUUGACCUCCUUUGGCAGCUCCCAUCCCGCCGCGGCUCACGUCCUGCUACCGGACUCUCAACGUCCCCUGCUCUCGCAGAGCCUCAGUAGCCUGCAGCUGACGCCCAGGCUGGUACCCAGGGGGACGACUCCACCCCCUGCCAGCCGGCCCCACUGGGCUUCGCCCAUGCGCUCGCCAAAGGAGCAGUUGGAAGACAUGCUGGAGCCUCCCAGGCUGGUGAUCACUGAGCAGCCGAAGCAGCGGGGGAUGCGUUUCCGCUAUGAGUGCGAAGGCAGGUCAGCAGGCAGCAUCCUGGGCGAGAGCAGCACGGAGGCCAGCAAGACCCUGCCAGCCAUCGAGCUGCUGAACUGCCAGAAGAUCCCCGAGGUGAAGCUGAUUGCGUGCCUGGUGUGGAAGGACUGGCCCUACCGCAUCCACCCUCACAGUCUCGUGGGGAAAGACUGCAACAACGGGCUCUGCGAGGUCACCCUGAGGCCCCAGGCCAACCCCAAACACAGUUUUAACAACCUUGGCAUCCAGUGCGUGAAGAAGAAGGAGAUCGAGGCAGCCAUAGAGAAGAAGCUGCAGCUGGGGAUCGAUCCAUUUAAAGCUGGCUCCCUGAAGAAUCACCAGGAGGUGGACAUGAACGUGGUGAGGAUCUGCUUCCAGGCCUCGUACCAGGAGCCCUCAGGACAGAUCCGGCACCUCAGCCCCGUCCUCUCCGAACCCAUCUUUGACAAGAAAUCUACAAACACAUCAGAGCUGAGGAUCUGCCGGAUGAACAAGGAGUGCGGGCCCUGCACGGGCGGGGAGGAGCUCUACCUGCUCUGCGACAAAGUCCAGAAAGAGGACAUUGCCGUGGUCUUCCGGAGGGACGCGUGGGAGAGCAAGGCAGACUUCUCGCAGGCCGACGUGCACCGGCAGAUAGCCAUCGUCUUCAAGACGCCCCCGUACCAGCACCUGGACAUCCUGGAGCCGGUGGAGGUGGAGGUGUAUCUGCAGCGCCUGACAGACAGCGUCUGCAGCGAGCCCUUCCACUUCACCUACCUGCCCAAGGACCAUGAUGCAUAUGGGGUGCACGUGAAGAGGAAGCGGGGGAUGCCCGACGUCCUGGAGGAGCUUUCAGCGUCAGACCCUCACGGGAUUGAAGCCAAGAGGAGGAAGAAAAAGCCAGGUUACAUGGACCAUUUCCUUGUGCCCCAGGCAGCAGAGGAAGGCUUUGCCCUCCACCCCAGCCUGGAGCACAUCACGGUGCCUGAGCCCUUCGAUUUCUGCCUGGGCCCGGACUACGCCUCCUACAGCUGCCUGAACCAGAGGGACAUGCUGCCCGCCGCCUGCUCUCCCGUGGAGCUGCAAGGCUGCCUUGGCGCAGAGUUCCUCUUGGACACCUACAGCUCCGCGCAGAGCAGCCCUGCCCCAUUCCUGGCACCUGGGGACAGCUCCGCGGGCGACAUUGAGGGUACGGCCAGUCUGGUUGGAAGUAACAUGUUCCCCAGUCAGUACAAGGAGGCCUACGAGCGGGCAUAGCUGUACACGAGGUUGGGAGACGUGUGAGGAGCAGUUGAGCCUCGUUUCAGACCUGCCCUGGCAGGGAGCCCCUUGUUCUGGCUGGGCAGGGCCUGGAGAUGGGAGGACUGGGCCACCUGGUUGUUGGCAGAGCUUCCCGGGCCUCCCGGCAGCGAGCACAGACGAGACUGUCACUGCAGGGCCUACCUCCAGGAGACCAGCUGAGACCAAGGGGUGUGGAGAGAGAAUGACAGCACCCCCCUCCCCUAAGACUGUGGGCCGUGAGGAGUGUGGCUGCCUGGGAGUGUUCCACCUGGAACUGGAGGGGUUCCGUGUCCCAGCCUCCUCGCUGUCAGCAUAUUCACUCUGCAGUUCCCCUUGCUGAACUCCCUCCAGGGCUGGCUCGCUGGGGCAGCGCCUGGCCAGAGGGGCUCUGCAGGGGCACUGUGCCCAGGGUUUGACUGCAUAGGCUGCUGCAGGGGUUCACGCUUUGCACUAUAUUUAUAGGGGUUAGUCGUAGGCACCACUUCCCUGCCAUGAAUGAGGCCAACUCAGGGCAAAGGGGGGACGACAAAUAGGGGGGCCACACAAUCACUGGCCCCAAAUCCUGGCCAAUCAGGGCUGAAGAAAUUUAAGGUCUGCUCCUCUUCCUGUUGUAGCCAAUGGCCAGGCUCCCCUGGCCGGAGCGAGGACAGCUGGGCCAUUGGCUUUGCUAUUGAUAAGGGGAUGGUUCCAAGAUCUUCCUGAAGGCCGUGUCUUGUGCAGGCUGGGUGCCCCCUCCACAGCAGUCCCUGCAGCUGCUGACCUGAGGAGGGUGGGAUUAGAGCACUGCCUCACACCUGGCAGUGCUGAGAUGCCAGCUGGAAUAGAGCUGCUGGGGAACCGGGAGCCAGGACUCCUGGUGUUUCUCCCCAGCUCCACCACUGAUUUAUUCUGUGGCCCUGGUAGGUCACUCACCUCUCUGUGCCUGUUUCCCAAGUUGUAAAAUGAGGGUGCGUUGUGAUGGAUGGUAAUAAAAACAAUACAAAUA